AGAGGAAGUGAAAAUAUCGUGAAAUGCCGAAAAACAUAUGAAAACCUGGAGUUUAUUUUCAAUUUAUGCAGUAAUGCAAGCGACAUGACAGGUUGCAGUACUUCCGUAGUUAACACAACACUUUUGGUUUCAUAAAAGACAUGUCUGAGGGUGAUAUAUGUAGUGUUUGUGUGGCAAAUGGCAGAGAGAACAGACUGCACCUUUUCCAGGUCAAUUUAAAGGAGGCUAUUCUCAUGUGUCCCGAUGUACAGUGUACCUAUCCAUUUGGCAAUAAAACACUCGGUGGACUAGUGAAAGAACGUAAAGCAACAGACAUAGUUAUAACCAAACCCAUGAAGAAAUCUCGCCAUGGUCUGACCACCAGUAGCACUUCAAGCUCCACUUGUAGUUCUCCCUUGUCUGUUGAUAGCCUGGAAUCAAGCUUUGAAGCUUUUAGACUCAAGCCAAAUAGAUCACUAUCAAAAGAUGUGAUACAGUCAUCAAGCUCAUCUGGAAAAUCCGCGUUCGUACCAUAUACAGCUCAAGAAUCUGCCACCAAGUAUGGACAUAAUUCAGUGGCUGAUUUAAAAGUGGACACAAGAGCUAGCGAUAUGAUGUCUAAAAAUAUGAAAUCGGAGAUUGAAAAAUGGCCUCAGUGGGAAAAUAUGGAUGCUUUAUGCUGGUUAGAUGUUUUAUUGACUGUCAUUGUGCAUAAUAAGAGCAUCAUUGAUCUGGUUAGUACCACAACUACUGCAUCUGUUUUCGCCACUCUGUUAGCUGCGUACCAGCAGGCAAAGACAUUACUCAACACAAAACACAGAGUACCCUUAUCUGCUCACCCUGUAAAGGUGCAGACAGGAGGAGGCCCUCAUGUGAUGAUAGAUUCAUACCCUGCCCCCAUAUCUACUGUAAAUAUACAAAAUAAAACAGCACCACAAACUCUAGCUAAACCUAUGGAGGCCACCGAUGGUGAAAUUGAACUUGAGAACUUUUUAGACAGUUUUGAAGAACCUUCAAACACAGAGAAAAAAUCAGAAUGUAAGGUCCAAAGUAGGAGGAAACUGGCUUUGGAUGAAUAUGGUGUUUAUUCGGAGGAUUUAGAACGAGCUUGCAGUAUUAUGGAAAAUGUACGUCAGGAUAUCUGGAGACGUGUUCAACCGAGCUUGAAGUGUAAGAAGGGUAAACAUGACAGUCCAGUCAUUGCUAUGCCGGUAGUGUUGAAGUUGAUGUCUUUGUAUGACCCCCUUCUACUCCACCAUACCUGGACCUUCACUUGCCCAAAAUGCAACUGUAAGAAAAGUGAAAGCCAGAGGAAAGUUCUGCUGACGUUUCCAUGUAUUCCUGUUGACUUUUCUGCCAAGAAUCCAUGUUUUGUGAGGCCAUGCUUUUCCUGUAAGAUUCCUGGCCAGAGGAUGUACCUUAAAGCCAACAACUGUCCUCCAUUGAUGAUGUUCCACUUUGUCGAGGGUCUUCCAUCCAAUGACGUAAGCAAGCUAACAUUUGAACAGCAGCAGUAUGAGUACAGAGUAGUAUCCCUUGUGCAAUAUAAACAGAACCCUGAUCACUUUGUGGCAUGGGUUAAACAUCCAUCAGGCAAUACAUGGAUGGAAUGUGAUGACCUAAAACCCCCUGUGUGCUCCUUUAACCAUAAAACACUGGAGGUACCUGCCUCCCAGAUCCACAUUGUAGUAUGGGAGAGGUUUCCUUUGCCUCCAGAUGCCCCGCAAGACUGUAUGGACAUUGAUGAGACCGUUAGCUUAGAUAGUGUUGGUCCAGGUGUAUCAGGUGCUGAUAUUCUACCAAAAAUCAGUGAUGGUAAAGUAAAACAACUUGCAAUAAUGGUGACACCUGAGACUGCUCCAAGUGGUGAUGUGAUAUCCAACUCAAAUACUAUCGCAAUUUCAUGUGACAAAACAGCCAAUAGUACCAUUACAUUAUCAAGUGAUGAUGUGACCACUACAUCAGACUCUAACAUUGUAUUGUCUAGCAAUGAGCCUAUUAUUGAAAAGGUGCUUCCACAUGUUGCUGGAAUAGAUAGAACGAUGAAUGCUAUGGACACAUUGGACACUAGUUCAACAGAUGACACUGAUAGCUCAGGUCCUGAUAGUCGACAUAAACGCAUUAAUGUUGAAAAGGUCAAAAAGGACAGUACUUCCCCAGACCGCAUUGAAUGUGACCUAUUGUUCAAUCCCAUAGAUCCUGUUGAGUCCGUUACCUUUACAUAUAUCAAACCAAAGGAAAGUACUACCACAUUGAUUACUAGAGCCCCGAAUAGUAACAAAACAUUGACUACAAAGGAGAAUACAACAGUUAUGAAGCCCAUCAGUGAUAAACAAUUCCAAAACAGCAACACUUUGAUUAAUGCAGAAUCAGCAGUCGUUAUGAAACCAAUUAAAGCGAAUCCCACGUGUGUGAUGGAUACUUUAGUGAAGAAUAAUCCUUUGAACAAUUCUCCCAUGUUAGUCAUUCCUGUGCCUAAAUUAGCAGAUAGACCAUCCAACAUGAAUAGCACUGCAUCAUCAAACAAAGCCACACUUGGUCCUAUUCCUAAACCUAUCGUUUCAAGCAAUACACAGUUCAGUGCAUUUACUCUCCGUGACAGCAGUAACAUGUCACAAAUCCAACCAUUGUCUAAAAUGGUAGUUCACAGCAAUGGCGGGUUGAUAGACACUGCAAAAUAUACUGAACCCAUUGUUCCCCUUCAAGUGAAUACUCCAGUAACACAAACUAGCACUAACCUGGGAUUUAUAAAAGCUCCAGUUCGAAGGAAUUCUAAACGUACACAGGUAAAAGAUGAAAGAAAUACUGUACCAGCUGGGUUGAGAGCAUCUGUGUCUGCUAAUAGGUUCCUAGGUAGUCUGGGAGUUCGAAGUUCUAGUAUAUCUACCCCAAUUAUCUCGCACUCCCUUUCCAGUGCGACACCAAAGACUGGUGUACCAUCUCUGAACACCAAUUUACCAUUACGUCAAAGUCAAAGCCCCUUUGGGAAAAACAGAUUUAAAUUGAUUAAGGAUUCGCCUAAUAAUCUUACUCCAUCUGAAAGUUAUUCUGCAAUUAGUAGUCCAAUUCCAACCAAUACUAUGGUUCCCGAAAGAAAAUCAUACAUGGAUGUUGUCGGCUCUUUGUUAAAAACAUCCAGAAAGGCUGACACUGUUGGAUCUAAGUAUAAAUUUUCUGGUUAUAAACCCAGAGGCCCUGAUGUUGAGAGUAAAGUGGUGGCCCCAAAUCCCAAAAUACCUCCAACAGUAGACACCAAUCCCAGCAAGGUGGUGAUGUUUUCCUCAGAAAUUGAAACAUCUACACCUAAAAUGAAGAAAAGAAAAUUAGCACCCAAGCAAACAAAGUCAGUGUUGAAAAAACAAAAACCCAACAUUCAAAAGAAAGCCGAUAAUGAUAAAUCUGGCGAAAAUAUGGAAAAAUUAGUGACAAAUUUUUUGAAGGGUAUAGGUAAAAGUUCAUCUAAGGGAGUUAAGAUUGAACUAAUGCGAGAUAUGAGGCACUUGAAGGCCAAUCAUAACAACAAGAGAAGUCCGCGGAAAUAUCUUCUGGUGAAAAAGCCAGAGUUUGAUGAUGGUGACAGUGAUAAUGUUAUUCCAAUAGCAGAGAUUGAAGUGGAAGAUGAUAGUGUUCAAGAUCAAUCAACAGGGGAUACUUCUGACAGUGUAAUGAAAGAACUAUGUGUGUCACUUGACUUGCCAGUGAGUCAAAACUCAAAUAACAUUGACGAUGAAUCUUCUGAGAAAAUCAUAAGUGACCUUUUAGAUAACACAGGUGCUACCAACAUUGGUAUGCCAGAUUUGAAUCCAAUAGGUGAACUAACACUGCCAACUGAAGAAGGUGCUUCCAAUACAAGGAAAGACACAUUAGGAAGUGAUGCGUCAAGAGUGAUUGAUGCUAAUAUCUGUGACAUACACCAACUCUCACUUGAUACAAGUGUAUUUGAUGGUAUUGCUGAAGACAUUGAUGAUGUCUUCAAAGGAAUUUGAUGCUUUAUGUUGACCAGUGAUUAAGUGGUGAGAGUAAGAUCAGGUCUUGUAUUGAGUUGGUGCACUGGGUAUUGUUUGUAAAAGAGUAGACCAGACCUGGUCCCUGCUAUUGUAGAUUUUAUGAAAAAUUUUGAAAUGCUAAUUUGCCAGAGAAGCCUUUUUAUAGCAAUAGCCUCUCUGGCCUAUUGUCUUGUCUAUCUGGCCUAUUGUCUAGCUGUAAAUGAUAUAUUUUGUACAUACAACAUGUAUUAUAUUAGCAGUUCAUAAUAAAAAAACAAUGACAAUAUCUCUUGGUAUAGUGAUAACAAUAUCAUUAUAAUAUUGUAUGUUUACAUUCAGCAGACCUUAGAAUGGUGCCAUAUCACGUGUUGCACUAAGUUGUGCACAUAAUCACUUUUUUUUAGUGGACAAGUAUCCAUAGGCCAUUUCGUAAACAAGAGUUUCAAAAUAAUAAGCUUUUUUGUGAGUAAGUGUUAAUAUGAUGUAUGGUUUAUGAAAAACAAUAUUCAUAUUGAAAAAUGAUAUUUUCAUGAUUGCCUACAAUUUCUCACAAUCCAACUAACUUCUAGAAAUGUCUAGGUCGUUCACUAAGUAAAGUGGGUGUAUAGUCUAGCGGUUAACAAAAUGAAUUAUAUAUAGAAUUUAUUGUGAAACCCUUGAGGUUACGCCUGUCGCCUUCCGCUAUAAGUUGCAUGAAUGUAUGUUUCAAAAUGUGUCUAGAACAUGUGUACCCUUACUUAAAGAAAUAGAAUGAAAUUCAUUGUGGAAUCAAAAGCUCUUUCAAUAAGAUUGUGUCUGAUAAAUUGCAGUUGGAGAAAUUGUGCACUUCCAUUGUAUUCUGUUAAAUUGAUAGAUUUCUAUUAUGAAUAAGGUUGUUAUUUAAACAAACUUUAUUUUUGUAAAUUAGAGUAGAAAAGCAUAAUAUGAUUGAUGUGAUGUAAAACAUUUCAUUCAGAAAGUUUAUUUGUACUACCCUUUGAAAUAUGAAAAAGAUCAUUUGCCUUAAAUCAUAUUUUUGUAGACACACAUCAUGACUGAUCAUUUGAUAAACAUUCCAUUUUAAAGACAAAAUUUAAUUUUAACAAGUUUAAUCAUUUUUACGCCACAUAGUAUACACACUUAAAGAUUUAAAUUUUGGAUGUAGAUUCAAAUGGGAUAUUAAUGUCACAUGAUUGAUAUUUAUAAGAUAUCCUAUGAUUUUGAGAAAUAACAUUUUUAUCCAUAAGUUGAUAUUGAUAUCUGCACAAGAGAGCAUUAAAUUGAUAUGCUGAAAAAUCAUAGGAUGUUCUUAUUAAUAUUAUCCUUCAA